AUGGUCAAGGGGCGCAAUACUGUCGACUUCAAGCCGAGCUACAGGCCGCCAGAUCUCCGAUUGGUCCCUGCUCCUGUUCACUGGACUUCCUACAACCAUAGGCCUAAUCAAAUCCUCAAAGAUGAUGCAACUCGGUUCAACUCAUUUAGUAAAUUUCGCCAGAAGGAUCUCGCCAAGAACAAAUUAGAUUUAGCAAUAAGAAAAAUAAACCAUGCCAAAAACACUAUUACUCGGUACCCUCAUCGUAAGAGCUCCGGUUCAAAGCAAAAAGAGGUACUCUUUCAAAAUCAUGCCGUCAUUUUUCUCAGCUUAGAAACAAACACCUUCAUGUUUUGUAGUUUUUAUUUUGUCUCCAAAACAAACAUUCCGUCCCUUGAUAAUAGCAUGAGCUCUGAUACAGCCCCAGAACCUGAUAUGACAGACUCUGGGCUGGGCAUUGUCGAAACAUCGCCGCCCAUGAUGUUCGCCGACGACUUUCAGAAAGAGCUCGAAUCGUCGCCGGAAUGGCAGGAGAUGGAGAAGUCGUUGAAGGCUACUCUUGCACAAUUCAACGCAGAUCCUACUCCAGAAGCUGCCGACAUUCCUUUGAUUAAAGCUGAAGAAGACAUCGGAAAAGAGCUCGAAAUUCCCACUGUCCCGUCCGUUUACGAGCUAGGAUCCUCGUUACAAAAUCGUCUCGGCCUUGUCGAUGAAGAGUUCCGCUGUGAAAUUCUCAACCAAAUCCAAGACGAUGUUAUUAACUGGAUUAGGAAUAUUUUCCGAUUCCAGGCAGCCACUGUCAAUGCUUACAAAGACCCUCGCCAGCCCAUGCUCAAAGCUCUAAGAUGCGCUUUAGCUGUGAAAUACAACCAGCAAAACGAAGAAUCGCCUCUUGGCUACAGAAGAUAUGUCAAAGGCGAUUCAGUAAAAGCGCCUGUUAUCUAUGUAACAGACGAUAUCCCUGCCGCUUGGAUUCUGUUCUUUCAGAACGAACUUGGCUUGCCAAAAGAGUGUUUUAAUGUCCAUAGAAUAAAUGAUGGAAUAAAUGGAGACAAGACUCCUUUUGAUGUGAAUAAGCUUUUCAAACAAGUGCAGGCUGACGCUAACGAUCCUCAAAAAGAGCCCACCGCUUUGAUCGGUUCUUUUGGAAGCGAAAGUGGGAUUGAUGACAAGGUUGAAUCCUUGCUCCAUAUUUGCGGAAAGUUCCAGAUCUGGUGCCACUUUGAGGGUGAUAACAUUCCUAUGCUUGGAAAUUUCACGAUUCCAUCAAAAAGCGCUCCUGUUCUCGCCGCUAAUUCUAUUACCUUGAAACCGUCUGACUUCUGCAUGCUCGGCUUGCCAAGCCUCUUCUGCAUGCGUUCCGCCAACAACCCGAUCCGCUGCCAACCCUGGGAGGACGAUUUGCUGCCAGUAUGGACUGCGCUUCAGCUCUCCGGCGCGGCGAACAUUCGCCACAGGAUAAACAACGCGAUGCGAAUCACAAACGACCUUGUAUUGGUACUCAAACAGUUCGCGGAUGUUAACUCUUCCGUAAAAGAACGCGUGGAAGAGCACAGCGACGCUGAUUACAACUCCUUCGGUGAUUUUGUCAAGGAUACGAUGAAACAGUUGACGGCUCCGCCAGCCCUCCACUAG